AUGGCCGGCCUCAACGACUCCCCUUCCCCCUUCGUCAAGCGCCUCGCCGUGCCCGGUGUGUGCCUGCUGAUCGCCUUCCUCGCCUACACCUCGCAGCUGCUCUUCUACCUCGCCGACGACUCCCUCGCGCCCGGUCGCCUCUCCCGAUCCGAGACCUACGUCUUCAACGGCCUCGUGCUCUGCCUCUGGUACACCUACUACAAGUCUUGCACCGUCGACCCGGGCCGUUAUGUCUUCCGCGACUCCGUCAUCGAGGUCCCCGAGCCGGACGAGCACGGCCUCUUGCGCCGUUGGUGCAGGAAGUGCGCCGCGCCCAAGCCCCCGCGCGCGCAUCACUGCCGACAUUGCGCGCGCUGCAUACCACGCAUGGACCACCACUGCCCCUGGACGACCAACUGCGUCUCCCUUACUACCUUCCCGCACUUCCUCCGCUUCCUCCUGUACACGAACGUCUCCCUCUGGUACCUCGCCCGCCUGCUCUACCUGCGCUUCGCCGCCAUCUGGGAGCACCGCCGGCUCCCCUCCUACCUCGGCCCCUCCCUCCCCGCCCUCGUGCACCUGACGGUCCUCUCCCUGGUCUGCUUCUUCACGUCCUUCGCCCUGGGCAUCCUCUUUUUCUCUACCCUCCGUAGCUGGGUGCUGAACGAAACCAUGAUCGAGGGCUGGGAGGUCGACCGCCACGCCGCCGUCUGCGACCGCCGGGAUCGCCUCGACGGGGGUGCGGGGGAGUUCUGGUCCAUCGCGGGCCCCGACGGCAAGAGGCUGCGUUUCGGCAAGGUCGAGUUCCCCUACGACGUCGGCAUCUACGCAAACCUCGCCCAGGCGAUGGGCACCCCGAACCCGCUCAUGUGGGUGUUCCCUUUCGCGGGCAACCCGGACCUGAGCAAAGACGGGCGGGGUGUGGGCUGGGAGUGGCCCGAGAACGGACUGAACCACAAGCAAGGCAUGUGGCCACCGCCGGACCCUGACAAGGUGCGCCGCUCCGCGCAGGGCGGUUGGCCCGCCGCGCGGGACCCCAAGAGCGUGCGAGUGCAGCGGUAUAGAAGCAAGGAGGAGGAGCUCGAGGCGUUCCGGACGCGGCAGGAUGCGGAUCUACAGCGGUGGCAGGGCCAGCGGUCGCGAUUGAUGGCGGAACUGGAGGAGAUGGACGACUACGACCUCAUCGACGACGAAUCCGACGACGGGUACGAGCAGGGCGCUGACGGAGAACCCGGGUGGACCAACGCCGACGGUGAGCGGCUGCAAGACUUUGGGGUCGACGAGGACGAAGACAUGAGUGAUGAGGCCGCCGACGACGACGACGUACCACUUGCCGAAUUACUGCGCCGGAGAAAGAUACUGCAAAAAGACGGAGAGGACUAG